GAUCAGGUACAACAUUGAAUAAGAUUGGAACUAGUUACGCAAUAUAUGUUGAUGAUCAAUCAAAUAUCUAUAUUUCGGAAUAUUCAAAUCACAGAGUGACUCUGUGGUUUAAUGGUAAUACAACAGCUGGUACUAUAGUAGCUGGAAAUAAUACUGCUGGAAGUGCAUUGUAUCAACUUAGGAAUCCAUGGGGAGUGUUUGUCGAUUCAAUGUAUGGCAUAUAUGUUGUUGAUCGAGGCAAUCAUCGCGUUCAGUAUUUCGAGAAAAGCAAGCAUAAUAUAUUCCAAAGUUUUCUAUGUCAUAUGUUUGAGUAUUUUACAGAUGCCGUCAAUGGGACUACUGUUGGAGGCCAGUCGGGCGUUCCAGGAGCAUUUGCUAAUCAAUUUAAUUUACCCACGGCAAUCACGCUUGAUCAAUUUGGAAAUCUCUAUAUAUUGGAUUCGGGUAACGAUCGAAUUCAACAAUGGGCUUCCGGAGCAACAUUUGGCGUAACAGUCGCAUCAGUUGCUAUGGGUACUCCAAAAGGAAUGUCUUUCGAUCCAUUUGGAAAUUUGGUGGUUGCAGACUCUGGGAAUCAUCGAGUUAUUUUAUUUCCAGUUAUUUGUCGUAAGUUGGAUUAA